AUGCUGUCAGUGGUGGAGAAUGGAGUGGACCCCCGGGAUGCCAUCUCGGUCAUCAAGAAGAAGCUAGUGGGAUCCAUGAAGGCGCUGCAGAAGCAGUAUGCCUCCUCGGACACAGUGGUCACCAGCGAGGACGGAGAUGCCAACACCAUGUGCAGCGCCCUGGAGGCCGUGUUUAUCCACGGCCUGCACGCCAAGCACAUCCGCGCAGAGGCCGGCGGGAAAAGGAAGAAGAGUGCCAACCAGAAGCCUCUGCCUCAGCCUGUCUUCUGGCCCCUCCUGAAGACCAUCACCCACAAGCACACCAUCUCGGACCUGGAGCACCUGGUCUUCGUCAGCACGGACGUGGGCCGCUGCCGGGCCUGGCUGCGGCUGGCCCUCAACGACGGCCUCAUGGAGUGCUACCUGAAGCUGCUGCUGCAGGAGCCGGCCCGCCUGAGCCAGUACUACCAGCCCUGCGCGCUGCUCCGGGACCCCGAGGAGAGCGAGUUCCUGCUCAGCUUCCUGCAGGGGCUGACGGCCCUGACCUUCGAGCUCUCCUACAAGUCCUCCAUCCUCAACGAGUGGACGCUCACCCCGCUGGCCCUCGCUGGGCUUUGCCCGUUCUCCGAGCUCGACCCUGUCACUGCCUCGGGGACGGAACUGCAGCGGAAGGAGUCCCUGGACUCCAUCUCCCACUCCUCGGGCUCAGAGGACAUCGAGGUCCAGCACUCGGGCCAUAAGAUCCAGCGGCACAGGCAGCUCACCGCCUCCUCCCUCAGCCUGGACACGGCCAGUUCAUCCCAGCUGUCCUGCAGCCUCAACUCCGACAGCCUCCUGCUCCCGGAGAACGGCUCCAAGAGUCCCGACCACUCCGAGGAACCCAUGUCCUACGACUCGGACCUGGGCGCAGCGAAUGCCGAUGACUCAGACCCGUCCCUGCACGAGGUGUUGUCUGAAUUCAACAAAGCCCAGGAAAACUCUGUGCCAACCAACGGACUGAGCCGAGAAACGGAGAUUCCCACACUACAGGCCUCCCUCUCCCUCCACGGCCUCUGCAUCGACACCAGCACACACCUGCACGUUGAGGCGCCUGCAGAGCCCCUCCCUGCCCGAGCAGCCUUCGGGGCUGCAGAUGGUGGCCACAAGCAGGAACCGCUUUCCCUGGCUCCCGGCAUCCUGGGCUUGCAGCAUCUGGGCAUUGCCCCAGCUGUCACUUGGAGGAGCACUUCAGACCAGCAGCCUUCUAGUCCUGUGAGAACAGCCGGCCAAGGGGAUGGCCAGCAGAGGCUCUCGGUGGAUGACGGAGCGGGACUGAGCCUCAUGGUGUCCUCACCUACCAGUCCGAAAAGCAAGAGCUGGAUCUCGGAAGAUGACUUCUACCGGCCUCCCCAGGAGCCAGCCCCAGAGAGCCCCUCAGACGGCUCCGAAGCUUCUGCCAGCGGGACUCCCGAGUCCAGGCCGUGUCCUCUCAGGCAUUUCUCUCAAGGACCCAGGAAAAGCUCCUCCAUGGGGGCCUUGGACAAAGCGUGCGUGCCCUCUCCAGGAAGCAGGCAGAGCCCGGCAGCCACCGCGCGGGAGCAUAAGAACUUCAGGGUGGUGCACCGCAGGCAGAUGGGACUGUCCAACCCGUUCCGGGGCCUCCUGAAGCUGGGCGCGGUGGAGCGGCGCGGCGCCGUGGGCAUCUGGAAGGAGCUCUUCUGCGAGCUGUCGCCGCUGGAGCUCCGCCUCUACCUGCGCGGCGAGGAGCGCACCUGCGUGGACACCUGCUCGCUGCUGCGCUGCGAGUCCGUGGGCCCGGCCCACAGCGACGGCCGCUUCGAGCUGGUCUUCUCCGGCCGGAAGCUGGCCCUGCGCGCCUCCUCCCGGGACGAGGCGGAGGACUGGCUGGACCGCGUGCGGGAGGCGCUGCACAAGUGCCGGCCGCAGCAGGAGGAGGAGUGGGUGAGCCUCCCGCACCCGGAGCCGCCCGGCGACCCCCCCGAGGGCCCCCCCGAGGGCGGCGCCUCCCCCCACCCGGACCCCGCGGAGCCCGAACCCCGCCGGGGCGCGCCGCUGGACUGGUCCUCCGCCCACGUGCCCGAGCCGGACGCCAUCAAAGAGUCCCUCCUGUACCUGCUCACCGACCGGGCCUGGGCGCCCUGCAUCCUCUCCCUGUCCCUGGAGGCCCUGCGCUGCUUCCGCCUGAAGAACGACGAGAAGAUGCUGAGCGACAGCCACGGCGUGGAGACCAUCCGCGACAUCCUGCCCGACACCAGCCUCGGCGGCCCGUCCUUCUUCAAGAUCAUCACGGCCAAGGCCGUCCUGAAGCUGCAGGCCCGCAGCGCCGAGGACGCCGCCCUGUGGCGGGACCUGGUGCGCAAGGUGCUGGCGUCCUACCUGGAGGCGGCGGAGGAGGCCGUGACGCUGGGCGGCAGCCUGGACGAGAACUGCCAGGAGGUGCUGCGGCUCGCCACCGGGGAGCACGGCUUCCUGCUGCAGUACCUGGUGGCCAUCCCCACCGAGAAGGGCCUCGACUCCCAGGGCUGCUUCUGCGCAGGCUGCUCCCGGCAGAUCGGCUUCUCAUUCGUUCGACCCAAGCUCUGUGCCUUCUCUGGCCUCUAUUACUGCGACGUCUGCCACCAAGACGAUGCUGCAGUGAUUCCGGCCAGGAUCAUCCACAACUGGGACCUCACCAAGCGCCCGAUCUGCCGGCAGGCCCUCAAGUUCCUGACGAAGAUCCGGGCCCAGCCCCUCAUCAACCUGCAGCUGGUGAACCCGUCGCUGUACGAGCACGAGGGGCGGAUGCGCCUCAUCGGGAGGAGCCGGGAGCAGCUGAAGCUCCUGGGGGACUACCUGGGCCUGUGCCGAAGCGGCGCCCUGAAGGAGCUCAGCAAAAGGCUCAGCCACAGGAAUUACCUCUUGGAGUCUCCCCACAAGUACAGUGUCGCUGACCUGCAGCAGAUCUCGGAGGGAGUGUAUGAAGGUUUCCUCAAGGCCCUGAUCGAGUUCGCCUCCCAGCACGUCUACCACUGUGACCUGUGCACCCAGCGUGGCUUCAUCUGUCAGAUCUGCCACCACCAUGACAUCAUCUUCCCCUUUGAGUUUGACACCACUGUCAGGUGUGGCGAAUGCAAGACCGUCUUCCACCAGAGCUGCCAGGCCGUGGUGGAGGGCUGCCCCCGCUGUGCCCGCCGGCGCAAGUACCAGGAACAGAAUGCUCUCACCUAA